UUUAUGUUUGCUGGCGCUGGGCUACAGCUCCGGGCUCACUUCAAACCACAAAUAUAUACAUACUGUAACCCUGCCAUUAGCAGUUCAGAUCUGCAGCGCACUCCAAUAUCAAAUCCUGAACGUGGAAGUGAAACUUUUGCGCUUGUCGUAUAUGCAAAAGUUUGAGAUGUAAAUCCACUGUAUUCGUUGACGUCGACAAUUUAACAAGCCCGACUGUGGAAGAAAACUUAAAUAAAAUUUGGAAAAGAAAUGGUCUUUAGACAAUGUCCCCGGAAUAAAUGCUCGAAGAGAGGAAUAAAUUCAGCGACGCUGGGGACAGUGUAUUUGUUACAAGAAACGGGAGGGAUUUCGAAAUCUCCAGAGCCCGGGUAUUUCCCAAAUUGGUUUCGUUUCUCUGGCGCGGUGAACAGCAGUCCCAUUAACCUUCAUUUCCAUUCUUCACUUGCUGCGAGCUGUUGGAGAACAGGCUUCGGGUUACCUGCAAAUUUAACAGCAGGGCGACUGAGAAAGUUCCAUGUCAGGAAUAAAUCGUCAGCGUCUGGUUUUCGAACUGAAACUCGCUUUCGCCACUACUGCUUUAGACCAUUCACAUUGAAACAGAAAGUCAGAAAGUUGAAAGUGCAGGAGACAGAAGUCGCCACUUUGCUGAAUUAAUUCAGCUGUCGGGAGGCGGACGGCGCAGACCCGCAGCAGGUGAACUGAAUUCUGGAAAUGGAUUUAAAACCACAAGUAUAUUUGUAUUUCAGUCUGUUUGCAAGUUUACACUCUGCACAAGAGUUCGUGGAGUUGAAGUGCGAGGAGUCAGUGACAGGAAUAUUUAAUGGGGACACUGUACUGCCAUGCAGCCUGAAAACAGCAAAGGAAAGCAGAUUUACAAUUGAACUGCGUAAAGACAAAGACUUUACUCCUCUUUUUACCUUUGACACACGUAAACGCGGCAGUGAAGCUCAGAGUCGAAUUAAAUUACUUUCUCAAGAUCCACAAAAUAUAUCGCUGGUAAUCCAAAAUACACAACUUUCCGAUAGUGGGAACUAUACUUACACUGUGAAAACCAAUCUUGGACAUGCGCAAGCUGUGAUCAAUUCAGUGGUUAAAGCUCCAUACAGUUUGCCAAAAUUGGAAUUUAAUUUGACAAAUAAGGAAAUGGUGGUCAGUUGUGAAACGACUGGAUAUCCUCCUGCUCAGAUUCACUGGAUUGUCAAUGGAGAAAGGAAGCUUGCAUCUGAGUCAAAAACCUACCAUGAGAAAACCUCCCAAGGUCUGGUCAAUAUCACCAGCAUACUUACAAUCACAAAAUCAGAAAAUAGCCAGAUGCUUAACUGUACUUGCGCCGUGUGGAAUGAGGAAGAGAAUAAAUAUGAAGUGAAGGAAUAUUUCUCAGUUCCAGAUGUGAAUAAAUCGAACCAUGAUCAACGUAGUGCAGAAAAGAAGAAAAAAGUUCUCACAGCGGUCUAUGUCGUUGUUGGAGGUCUUUUAGCUGGAAUACUCAUCCUAGCUCUUUUGCAAGUCUGGAGAAGGUGCCAUUCAGAAUCAGCCCGGGAACCAUUUGAGCAGCAGGUCCCUCUCAAGAACGCUGUGAAACUGAACAUUUGCCACAGAGAUUGUAAAAAGCACCAUGACCUUCCCCUGCAAUAAACUGAAAACAAGAAUUCUGCUCUUCUAAUUUAGUUCUUGGGCAAAAUGCAGAUCUGGAUUUAACUCUGGCACUGUUGAACUCUUCACCAUUAUUCUUGUCUGAAGUUAACAAUAUUACAUUGAUUAUUACCACUUUGAUAAAUCACAAAAGACUGGACACCAGAGAAAUCAGUGAGUCCCAAGGAACAAAACUGUUUAACCCCUGAAAUGCUAAGUAAAUCCGUGUGUGACACCACCAUAAAACUGUGAAAAGAGAAGAAAUUCUUAAACUCAGUUGAACUUCGAAAGUUUGCUUCCUGUUGGCUGAAAAGAAGGAAACAAUUUUCUGCUGGACUGUACUUCUCAUGAAGUGAAAAGGAAAUGUGGUUUGUAGUCAGCUUCAGUGCAAAAAUAGCAGAGAGCAUUGCCUCUAUUUUCAGAAUUAUGUAAAUAUUAUAUCCACAGUUUUUAACAUUCAUGUGCAUUAAAUUGUUUUUGUACAUUGUCUUUUGAGCCAGAUGCGGGUGAAUACAUGUGCAAUAUUGUCAUAGAAUAUAAUUUGACCAGUGAUCUUUGUUUUUAAGGAAUGGGAUAUCUAAAUUCUAUAAAAUAUUAUUGAAUUUCUACUUUAAUCUGGUUGUAUGUAGAUAGCCCACUUAUAAAGUUUGAGUGAUCUGUUAUACAUGUACUAAUAUUCCAGUGAUUUUCUAAAAUUCAUAAUGUUUCUUUCAUCCUGAAAAUACUUUGAUAAUUUAACAGGAGUUGAACCAUCUCUGACUUGCCAACCUACACUACUGUGUGUGAGCCAUACCAAUGAAUGUGAGCUGGCUAUUUAACAAUGUGAGGUUUCACAAUCAAGCCCUAAUACUCAGAAUUUGGUGAUGGCAAUCUUAAAAUACAAUGAGUGCCUCCAAUAAUUUUACAAGGAUCUACUGUUCAGUUGAAGUGACUAUCUGAUUCAAACAAAGUAAAUUGUGGUCAUGUUUAUGCAAAGUGAGGUUUUACCACAGACUGUCAUGUUAGAAUGGGCCUGGUUGUGUUUCUUUUGCUUGUUUUAUUGCCAGAAGAGGUGACAAGCUAUGGAAAAUUUAUUUUUGAAUUGUUUUGUGGAGUGUGUAGCAUUGUUACUGUUCUAGAUCAGGAAAUAAAUA